CCACAAUCACUUAAUCAAAUAUAAAGAAAAUCUCAUGGAACAGAGACACUCCCACGCGAUUGCUCUCUCUCUUUUGGCGCUUCUGCAGUACUUUUUCCCCGACUCACUACUCUGAAAACACUGAGACACAAACAAAACUCAGCAUUUAUUUCUUUCAAAACUUUCAAACCAAUACACACUCUCACACACAGAGUGACAGAGAGUGAGAAAAUGGAGGAAGAGGGAAUUGGGUUAGUGCUGGCAAAAGCCACAGAGCUGAGAUUCAAAAUCAGCAAUUGCAUUCACAAGGCUACCACCAAUUCAACCAAUGGCCUCCCUGAACAAGAAGUCACUGAUAAAGAUGAAGAAGAAGAAGAAGAGCAAGAACAAGAAGAAAUGGAGAGGCUUUUGAAUAUUUCUGAUGCCCUUGAAUCCCUCGAGAACCAGCUCUCUUCCUUGCAGACCUUGCAACUACAACAACGAUAUGAAAGAGAAGUGGCCCUUGCUGAGAUCGAAAAUAGCCGUAAGAUGUUACUUGAUAAGCUCAAGGAGUAUAAAGGAGAGGAUUUGGAAGUGAUACAUGAAGCUUCUGCUUUUGCUGGUGAAACAGUGGAGCACAACAAUGAUCUCCUGCUUCCUCCAUAUCCAAGCCGGCCUCCACACUCACUUUCUCUAGAGAAUGGUUCUCUACCACGGUUCCCUUCCACACUUAAGUCUAUACAAAAUGGAAUAAUAACCAGCGAUCCAAUGAUAGAAGCGAAGAAGAAUGCCAGUGAGUUAGAGGCGAGUCAAAUGCAAACCGGGUCCAAAAAUUCAAGGAAUGGGCUGGGAUGUUUUGUAAGUGCAGCAGGCAAGACAGUGCUUACUCUUGUUGGUGUGGUAUCUAUCUUAAGCUUGUCUGGUCUUGGGCCUAAUUUUGCAAAAAAGGAUAACCUUUUCAAGUUUUUGGGCCAAUUUCAGCAACCUUCAGCUGAGGAAAAGAGUUCAAAUAUCCAAUGUCCACCUGGGAAAGUCCCAGUGCUGGAAAAUGGAAAAGCUCGGUGUCUUGUGAAAGAGAGAGUUGAAGUGCCAUUCUCAUCAGUUGUUGCUAAACCAGAUGUAAACUAUGGGUGUGGCUGCUACCACGUGUUUUUUCGUGCAGACAAAAUAAACGCCAAAAUGUGGCUCUUCAGCACGUGCAGACAAAACAGACGCCAAAAUGUGGCCCUUCAUCCCAUGAAGAGCCAAAUCCUAUCUACAAUAUUCAUAAUGCAAAAGACCAUGAGCACCUCGGAAGUGAUCACAGGGUUCACAGAAGAGCAAGAAGCCCUGGUGGUGAAAUCAUGGACUGCAAUGAAGAAAAAUUCUGGAGAAUUGGGUCUCAAAUUCUUCUUGAAGAUAUUUGAGAUAGCACCUUCAGCUCAGAAGCUGUUCUCCUUUCUGAAAGACUCAAAUGUUCCUCUGGAACGAAACCCAAAGCUUAAAUCCCAUGCCGUGACUGUCUUUGUUAUGACUUGUGAAUCAGCGGUGCAACUUCGGAAAGCAGGGAAAGUUACCGUGAGAGAGUCAACCUUGAAAAAAACGGGUGGUGUUCACUUCAAAAGUGGGGUGGUUGACGAACAUUACGAGGUCACAAAGUUUGCACUGCUAGAAAUCAUAAAGGAAGCAGUACCGGAAAUGUGGUCGCCAGAGAUGAAGAUUGCUUGGGGGGAAGCUUAUGAUCAGUUGGUUGCGGCUAUCAAAUCUGAAUCGAAGCCUUCCUCUUAGACUUCUGGAAUAUAUAGAAAUAAGCAUAAUCUCUUCCUUUAUAGAAUGAGUUUGCAAUAUUCCAUGUAAAAACACAAGCGUAAUUUGUGUAUCUAUGUGCAUAUAUUCAUGUGUAUUUUGGGUUUAUAUUAUGGAUAUCAAUUUUCUAAGUAAAAUAUGUUUUACUUAA